UUGGUUCAUCCCAAUAGAUUUGCACCGAUAUAUAAGACAUCCAGGACAUUGGAGAAACUCAUCUAUCCUUUCACGGGGAGGGAGCAGCGUCUGAACACAGCCAUGGAGUGGAAAGUGCUUCCUGUUUACCUGUUGCUGCUGCCUUCUGUUGUCCUGAUUGAUCAGGUUUCGUCUCAAGAUUUAUCAAGCUGUGCAGGGAGAUGUGGGGAAGGGUAUUCUAGAGAUGCCACCUGCAACUGUGAUUAUAACUGUCAACACUACAUGGAGUGCUGCCCUGACUUCAAGAAAGUCUGCACGGUGGAGCUCUCCUGUAAGGGCCGCUGCUUCGAGUCCUUUGCACGAGGCAGGGAAUGUGACUGUGAUGCCCAGUGUAAGACGUAUGGCAAGUGCUGCUCCGACUACGAGAAAUUCUGCGAAGAAGUGCAUAAUCCCACAUCACCACCAUCUUCCAAGCCCGCACCUCCGCCUCCAGGAGCAUCUCAAACCAUCAAAUCAACAACUAAACGCUCACCCAAAUCACCAACCAAGAAGAAGACUAAGAAAGUUAUAGAAUCAGAGGAAAUAACAGAAGAACAUUCUGUUUCUGAAAAUCAAGAGUCCUCCUCCUCCUCUUCCUCCUCCUCUUCAACUAUUCGGAAAAUCAAGUCUUCUAAAAACUCAGCUGCUAAUAGAGAAUUACAGAAGAAACCCAAAGUAAAAGACAACAAGAAGAAAAGAACUCCUAAGAAGGAACCUGCUCCAAAGCCACCAGCCACAGAUGAAGUUGGAAGUGGACUGGAUAGUGCCCCAACCCCUGACAUUCCUACCACCCCACGCAGUAAAGUCACCACAUCUCCCAAGACUACAACAGUAAAACCAACAAAUCCUAAACCCAGUCUUCCACCUAAACCCAAAGAGAAACCUUCAACAUCAACUAAAGAGACAACAGUUAAAACUAAAGAGACUACUGAAACAAACAAACAGACGUCUACUAGUGCAAAAGAAAAGACAACCUCAGCUAAAGAGACACGGACUGCACAGAAAGAUUCUGCACCCACACCGGAAGUUCCUGCUAAACCUACACCCAAAGCAGAAACUACAACCAAAGCCCCUGCUCUCAUGACCCCCAAGAGGCCUGUUCCCACCACCACCAAGCAACCAGCACCCACCACCACCAAGAAGCCAGCACCCACUACCCCCAAGGAGACGGCACCCACCACCCCCAAGGAACCAGCAUCUACCACCCCCAAGGAGCCUGCUCCCACUACCACCAAGGAACCUGCACCCACCACCACCAAGAAGCCAGCACUCACUACCCCCAAGGAGACAGCACCCACCACCCCCAAGGAGCCAGCAUCUACUACCCCCAAGGAGCCUGCUCCCACCACCACCAAGGAACCAGCACCCACCACCCCCAAGGAGCCUGUUCCCACCACCCCCAAGGAGCCUGUUCCCACCACCACCAAGGAACCAGCACCUACCACUUCCAAAGUGCCAAUACCUACCACAUCCAAGGAACUAGCACCUACCACCCCCAAGGAAUCAGCACCCACCACGCCCAAGGAACCAGCACCCACCACCCCUAAAGAGCCUGCUCCCACCACCCCCAAGGAGCCUGUUCCCACCACCACCAAGGAGCCAGCACCCACCACACCCAAGGAACCAGCACCCACUACGCCCAAGGAAUUAGCACCUACUACCCCCAAAGAACCAGCACCUACUACCCCCAAAGAGCCAGCACCCACCACGCCCAAGGAACCAGCACCCACUACGCCCAAGGAAUCAGCACCUACUACCCCCCAAAAACCAGCACCCACCACGCCCAAGGAACCAGCACCCACCACCCCCAAAGAGCCAGCACUCACUAUGCCCAAGGAAUCAGCACCUACUACCCCCAAAGAACCAGCACCCACCAUGCCCAAGGAACCAGCACCCACCAACCCCAAAGAGCCAGAACCUACCACCCCCAAGGAGCCAGCACCCACCACUCCCAAGGAGCCAGUACCUACCAUCCCCAAAGAACCAGCACCCACCACCCCCAAGGAGCCUGCUCCCACCACCCCCAAGGAGCCAGUACCCACCAUCCCCAAAGAACCAGCACCCACCACCCCCAAGGAACCAGCACCCACCACCCCCAAGGAGCCUGCUCCCACCACCACCAAGGAACCUGCACCCACCACUCCCAAAGAGCCAGCAGCACCCACCAUGCCCAAGGAACCAGCACCCACCACCCCCAAAGAGCAAGAACCUACCACCCCCAAGGAACCAGCACCCAGUACCCCCAAAGAGCCAGCACCCAUCAACCCCAAGGAACCAGCACCAACCAACCCCAAAGAAUCUGCUCCAACCAUACCCAAGGAACCAGCACCCACUACCCCCAAAGAGCCAGCACCCACCAACCCCAAAGAACCUAUUCUCACCCUCCCCACGGAACCAGCACUUACUACCUCCAAAGAGCCUGCUCCAACCACCCCCAAGGAACCAGCACCCACCUCCCCUAAGAAACCUGCUCCAACCACACCCAAUGAACCAGCACCUGCAAACCCCAAGGAACCUGUUCCAACCACCCCCGAGGUAGCAGCACCCACAAACCCCAAGAAACCUGCCCCCACCACCCCCAAGGAACCUGUUCCAACUACUCCUCUGACACCUGUUCCUACUACCACCAUGGGGGCUCCCACUACCAAGACUCCUGCUGAAUCAACUCCUGAGUCUUCCACAGGACCCACACCAAAGGUUCAUGAAAACAGCCCCAAGCAGCCUGCUGUACCUACAACUAAGACUCCCGGAGUGAUCCAACCUGAAAUGAUUACAACAGCUAAAGACAAGAACACAGAAAAAGACAUACACACUACACCUGAAAUUACAACGGCUGCAACUAAAACAGAAGACAAGACUCCUGAAGCUAAAAUCACAAGCACAAUCAGGCAAGUGACAUCUACCACAACUCAAGACACCACGUCAUUCAAAGUCACUACUCCGAAGGCAACAACUCUUGCACCCAAAGUAACCACAUCAACCAAAAAGACAACCACCACUGAAGAGUCCACGAAUAAAUCUGAAGUAGUAACACCUGCACCGAAAGACACAGCUACUGGUGCUAAAGCAACUCCUAACCCCCUCAAACCAACCAAACCACCCAAAAAGCCCACUUCUACUAAAAAGCCAACCAAAGUGCCCAAAAAGCCCACUUCUACCAAGAAGCCAAACACACCAAAAGUGAAGAAACCAAAGACCACCCCACCCCUGCCAAAGACAACUACACCAACCAUGUCUGAACUGAACCCUACCUCUGUGGCAGAAGCCAUGCUCCAAGCCACCACCAGCCCUACCCCAACUCGAGACAGAGAAAUCGUCGAAGCAAAUCCAAAGAAUGAAGGUGCAGAUGGUGCUGAGGAAGACAAGCCUUAUGUGCUCCCCAGGCCCCCUGGGUUCAUCCCUAUAGUUGUCCCAGGCACUGAGUACAUAGUGAGAGGACCCAGUGAAGGCAUCAUCACCAACCCCAUGCUUUCAGUUUUAGAUGAGACCAAUUUGUGCAAUGGUAAGCCAGUUGACGGGCUGACUACGCUGCGCAAUGGGACACUGGUUGCAUUUCGAGGUCAUUAUUUCUGGAUGCUGAACCCAUUCAGUCCACCAUCUCCACCUCGCAGAAUUACCGAUGUCUGGGGCAUACCUUCCCCCAUUGAUACUGUUUUUACCAGAUGCAACUGUGAAGGAAAAACUUUCUUCUUUAAGGAUUCUCAAUACUGGCGAUUCACCAAUGAUGUAAAAGACGCAGGGUAUCCCAAGCAAAUUGUGAAAGGAUUUGGAGGACUAACUGGAAAAAUAGUGGCAGCUCUUUCAAUAGCUAAAUACAAGAACAGGCCUGAAUCUGUGUAUUUUUUCAAGAGAGGUGGCAGCAUUCAGCAGUACACUUACAAGCAGGAACCUGUCAGAAAGUGUACUAGACGGACGCCUAUAAAUUAUUCCGUGUAUGGAGAAACGGCACAGAUUAGGAGGCGGCGCUUCGAGCGGGCCCUGGGACCACAAACACAUACCAUCAGAAUCCACUACUCACCAGUCAGAGUUGCUUACCAAGACAAAGGUUUCCUCCAUAAUGAAGUUAAAGUGAGUACAAUGUGGAGAGGGCUUCCGAGUGUGGUCACCUCAGCUAUAUCACUGCCCAACAUCAGAAAACCUGAUGGCUACGAUUACUAUGCUUUUUCUAAAGAUCAAUACUACAACAUUGAUGUGCCUACCAGAACUGCAAGAGCAAUUACCACUCGUUCUGGGCAGACCUUAUCCAAGGUCUGGUACAACUGUCCUUAGACUGAUGGGCAAAGG